GGAUAUUAACUGUAUCAAAGACGUUCUUACUGUGUUGCACUAUUAACAAAAGAUGGAAAUGAAAACGAUCCAAUUUUUAAUUAAAAAGUUAAAUCAUAUAAGAAUUGAAGAGUUAUUUAUUGAAUUUGGAUCAUACGUAGACAUACAGAUAGCAAUUGAAAUGAAUGUGAUGUGUUUUAAGAUUUUAAAUUUGAAACAAGAAGAAUUCAAGCCAAUAAAAACUAUUUGGUACAUAAACUGGUCGAUAAAAUGAAGCUUUUCAUUUGAUAGAAGAAUAAAUUUGACUAUGAAAAAAGAAUUCUUAUUGACGCAGUAUUCAUUUUUAUAGAAAGUUUUUUCUUAGUGAAUUUCUUCAAUGUUUUUUCUAUAGUAUUUUUAGUGAUCAUCGUUUGAUAAAACAAUGUCAGGUCCACAGCCAUCUGGUGGAUGUCGUGGCAACUGGAAAAAUUUUGCGAACACUCAAGAGGAGGAAGAUGCCUUCGAUUAUGUCAAAUGGAGGAACCAACCCAAACCAACCGGGGUCGUUGGGUCCGUAGCGCACAUGGUGAAGGGAGCUUUAGGCGGCGGUAUCCUCGGCGGUCACGUGGCCUACAUGAAGGCUGGUGUAUGUGUCGGCAUACCAUUCAACCUCUUAUUCGGAAUGUACAUGACCUAUUGUUUAUAUAUAUUAGUGAUAUCAGCUCAAAUACUUUAUAGAAGAACUCGUGUGACGUCGAUGUCUUAUCCUGACGUUGGCGAAGCGGCGAUGGCGUGCUUUCCAAAUCCCAACGUCGCGAAAUAUUCGAAAAUAUUCAGGUAUACAAUUGAUGCUAUAAUAUGCAUCGAUUUGUUUGGUGCCUGCGCUUGUUACCAAAUAAUUAUAGCAAAAUCCAUAAAACAGCUCGUUGAAAACACGCAGAGAACACCUAUAGAGGGCCUUGGUCCAGGUUAUCCUGAUUUGCGAGUGUACUUGGCAUGUAUGAUCUUGCCAAUUGUCCUUAUCUGCUUGAUAACCCAUCUAAAGUGGCUGGCACCUUUUUCAAUUGUGGCUAACAUAAUUAUAUUAUUCUGUAUAAUGCUGACCGUCUACUACGCAUUCCACUUCAACCCGAAUUUCGAGAACCUGGUCAAAGUGACAGAGCUGUAUAACUUCUUUGAAUACGUCGGCAUGUCAGUGUUCAGCAUGUCAUGUUCGGGAGUCGUUAUUCCAAUAGAGAACAAUAUGAAAGACCCCAGGAAAUAUCCUCAAGUGUUAAUGACUGGCAUGUCAUUGAUUAUCUGUUGCACAUUCUCGGUCUCCUUUUUCGGAUACGUUGGCUUUUUGCAGGACUGCGAGUCACCCAUUACUGUCAACUUUCCAAUGACUCUCUUCCCGAAGAUCCUCAAGGGUGGUAUCGCCAUUAUGAUCUACGUUACUCACGCUCUCAACUACUGGGUCCCUUUCAACUUAUGUUUCUAUUAUAUCAGGUCACGUCAUGACCAGAACAAGAUUUUGAUGUGGGAACUUAUUUAUAGAGCGAUUUUCGUCUUCUUGAUUGGUAUCGUGGCUAUUAUAUUUCCAAACAUCAAUGCGCUUAUGGGCUUCCUGGGUACGUUUUGCUUGUCAAACAUGGCGUUCAUAUGGCCCAACAUGAUAUAUCUAAUGACGAUCUGGCAAAGACCAGGCCUCGGCAAGUACAAAUGGCGUUUGUGGAAAGGGAUCGUAUUAAUUUCUAUAGGACUAUUCAUUUUGGUUUGCGGAACAGUUGUCAACUUUAAUGAAUUGUUGUCUGUAUUUAGAUAAAGUAAUUGUAUUUUGGUCGUUUAAUUUUAAUAUUGGUUUAAAAGUUGAGACCAAUUUUGCUUUAAGGUUGCUUGAUAAUUUUUAGAUUAGAUGACUCUCCUUAUUGACUUGCCCACCUUGCCCUUUUGAUCUUUAAUGUGUGACUGCUUACAAUAAAACUUUGAAAUGUUGCGACGAGCGAAUGAUGGUUUUGACUUUUAGGCGAAUAUUAAAUAAUCCCUUAAAAAUUAAAUCUUUAAAUCAUCCCUUAAAUUGUAUUUGUGUUUGGAUUAAUUACGAAUUACAGAGAGUUCCAAUCUAUGUCUAAUCUGAACAAUUUGCGAGAGCUUUACAAAUUUGGAAGUAAUUUUUUUAAAUAAUCUAUAUUUGUAACUGUUUGCUUAUCGAUUGAUAUAUUUAAAAUGAAAAUAUAUUUUUUUA